AUGCCACCAGUUCAAGAGAACGACACACUAAACCCGGAUAGUGCAAAUUUCAUUGCUAUAAUUAAAUAUCUUCGUGCACGGUUACCAACUGAGCUUUCGCAACCUAGAGUGGCCAUUAUAUGUGGUUCUGGGCUUGGUGGUUUGGUUGAUACAAUUGAUGAAACAAAAUGUAAAAAAGUUGAAUUUAAAUAUGAAGAUAUAGGAUUCGCUACUAGUACAGUUCAAGGUCACGCGGGUAAACUAGUUUUUGGUUUCCUAGGAAAGAAUCAAAUUCCAACCGUUUGCAUGGUUGGAAGAUUUCAUUUCUAUGAAGGGCAUAACCUUAAAGAUGUUACGUUACCCAUUAGGAUUUUUAAACUUUUAGGUGUAAAGAUUUUAAUCGCAACAAGUGCGGCUGGCGCGCUUAAUAAAGACUUUCAGGUUGGAAAUGUAGCGGUGCUUACCGAUCACAUUUCUCUUCCUGGUCUAGUGGGUAAUAAUCCAUUAUUUGGACCAAAUCUUGACGCGUUCGGACCACGUUUCCCACCCAUGUCAGACGCAUAUGAUUACGAUCUUCGUGUUCUGGCCUUUAAAGCAUCAUCAACUCUCAAUUUCAAAGAGGGUGUGUUGAAAGAAGCCAUUUAUUGUUUUGUUGGUGGACCUUCCUAUGAGACCAAGGCCGAAGCUAGAUUCUUGAGGACGAUCGGUGGAGAUGUUGUUGGGAUGUCCGUUGUACCUGAAGUAAUCGUAGCGAGGCAUAGUGGGAUUCGUGUAUUAGGACUAAGUCUUGUAACCAAUAUGGUCGCACUUGGAAAAGGUAAAAGUGCGGACCCUUUGUCACGCGAAUCUGGUGUUAUCGAAGAACCACCACCAAGCCAUGAGGAAGUGUUGAAAACUAGUCAAAGCCGAGCUCUCGAGAUGCAAAAUUUGGUCAAAACGAUUGUUGAAUUAAUUGAAACAAUUUAA